CUUUUCUAAACAGUGCGGCAGCCCCAGAGUCGCGUCUACGGGGGGAAUUACAGUAGUAACCCGGUAGUCGUGAUGAGUCAGAGUGCGUGGUGCUGAUGCUGCUGCCAUUUCAUCACCUUUGCAAGCGCAGCAUCCAUCCCUCCACUCUCCCAGCGCCUGGGCCUACCUCCCUUUGGGCUCCCAAGCCAGCGAUGUGCUCCCAGCCGAGCUAAAUCGGAACCAAACAGCGCUGUCCGAGGCCUUGGCGGGGCGCCCGCUCCCGCUGCCCCCGUCCCGGGCCUAGGAGACCUGCCAAGCCGCGGCCAUGGAGGCCAUCUGGCUCUACCAGUUCCGGCUCAUUGUCAUUGGGGAUUCCACAGUGGGCAAGUCCUGCCUCAUCCGCCGCUUCACCGAAGGCCGCUUUGCCCAGGUUUCGGACCCCACCGUGGGGGUGGAUUUUUUCUCCCGCUUGGUGGAGAUCGAGCCAGGAAAACGCAUCAAGCUUCAGAUCUGGGAUACUGCAGGCCAAGAGAGGUUCAGAUCCAUCACUCGCGCCUACUACAGGAACUCAGUAGGUGGUCUUCUCUUAUUUGACAUUACCAACCGCAGGUCCUUCCAGAAUGUCCAUGAGUGGUUAGAAGAGACCAAAGUACACGUUCAGCCCUACCAAAUUGUAUUUGUUCUGGUGGGUCACAAGUGUGACCUGGAUACACAGAGGCAAGUGACUCGCCACGAGGCCGAGAAACUGGCUGCUGCAUACGGCAUGAAGUACAUUGAGACGUCAGCCCGAGAUGCCAUUAAUGUGGAGAAAGCCUUCACAGACCUGACCAGAGACAUAUAUGAGCUGGUUAAAAGGGGGGAAAUUACAAUCCAAGAGGGCUGGGAAGGGGUGAAGAGUGGAUUUGUACCCAAUGUGGUUCACUCUUCAGAAGAGGUUGUCAAGUCAGAGAGGAGAUGUCUGUGCUAGUCAGCCCUUUUAUUUCCAAAAUAUGUUCUCCCACAUGAACUUAAAAGCGAUCCAAACAAAUAGAAUCCUUAUGU